UAUUUUUCUAUUCUAUGAUGACAAGUUAUGGUUGUGUUUGCGUUAAUAUUUAUUGCAUAUAAUUAUAAUGUAGUGAAUUUUAUUAAAUCUUCGACAUUUCCAAAAUAAAAAGUGAUGAAAACAUCUAGGUUAACAAAAAUACUUUGCGUUUUGUUUGUUUUCUUCUUCAAUUGUGGAGGAGAAAAUACUAAGGAAAAUUCGGACGAUAUUUUUGUCCCUACCAAUGAAUGGAAAGAGAUAAGGGAAGGUCAGAAAGUUCCAUCUGGACUACAUUACAGAAUAAAUUUAUCAACUGGAAAGAAAGAGGCCAAAAUUAUUCAACAAGAAGAUGAGCCAUCAAAAAAUACCUUCACCUUAGUAGAAAAAGACAAGCCAGAUCGUUCACAAACGCCUUCAGCUCCAAAUAAAAAUAAUUGGAAUUUCAAAGUUAAAGAAUCAAGAAAAUUUCGAAGUUAUGAAGAACUGAAGAAAGAAAUUGGAGAUUUGAAUUUAAUUCCCCAAAGUGAUGCAGAACUUUUAGGGGAUCUCUUCCAGGAGUACGACUUGGAAAUAAAAAAAAGAGAACAGAGUCCUAAAGUUAUUAUAGCAAUUAUAAAGGAUUUAAUAUUCCUUUCACAUCAGUUUGACAACGCAAAUGAGUUUGUUAGAUUAGAUGGUUUUAACAGGAUAGUUUACAAAAGUUUCAAUUCAUCAAAUAGUGAAAUUAAACAAGAAGCCUUAAAAUUGUUCAGCUCACUUGUGCAGAAUAACGCGAAAGUAAAAGUGCAUGCCUUGGAAAAUGGUGCAAUUUCCAUUUUACUCAAAACUUUAAAUCUAGAACCAUCACCGCAAAUUAAACACAGCACGAUAACAGCCUUAAGUUGUUUAUUGAGAACUUUUCCCUAUGCUCAGAACAGUUUUUUGGAAAAUGGUGGCCUAAAAUUAUUUUCCAAUAUUUUCCAGUCAAAUUCCUUGGAACUUAAUAUCAAACUUAAAUUAAAACUGGCGACUUUAAUUUCAGAUCUACUAUCUGAAAGGGAAUUUGACGAAGAUAAUUUUAAGGGACAUACAGCUGUAGAUUUGGCUGAUCAUCUGCGUAAACUUAACUGGUGUGAAAACUUAAACAAGCUGUUGCAGGAUUUGAUACAGGUGGACAUUGAAGAUCAUGAUGCAAUAGAAAAAUGUCUAGUGGCCAUGGGGCUUUUAGGUGAAAAAUGUAUAGAUAAAUACAAUCAGGACAUAAUUGUUGGCCUAUAUAAAAGAUAUAACAGUCUAAUCAAUGAAACUGAGGAUGAUGCUAGCUACUUUAAAGAAUUGCGAGAUUUAUGUUUAUUGUUAUCAACACCUGUGCAUCAGCCUUCUAAUCUGAAGAGUGAAUUGUGACCAUUCCUUGAUGUGAUUUGUAAAUACCGUGCUACAUUAUUGUAAAAAUUCCUAGUCUGACUUUGUAAGCAAAGCCUAAAUGUUGUAAAUUCAACUGUUGAAAUAAAAACAAGAUAAAA